AAGAAAUGGCUCAACCAUCUAUUGCAGCGUUUUUCAAUACCAGAAAACGUGCUGUAGCCGAGGAUAUAACUACCAUUAAAACUAGACGUCUUCUGGAAUCAUCAGAACCAACAACACAAGACUCAAAUGCCAACACAACAACUACACAACAGAAUAGCCAACAAAAUGUUACCCAACAGGCUCAACAGGACCAGCAUGAUGAAAUUGCAGCUCUUAAGAAAAUGGGUAUGCGUACCCGUUCCGGACGCACUGUCAAACGCAUUGGUGUCCAAGAUCCCAGCCAGGUACCGGACAGCGGUGUAUCACCCAAGAAAAUGUCCAAAAUUGAGGAGAAUAUUAAACAACAAAAAUUAGUACAAUUUAUUAAAAAAGGCACACUGUCGCCACGUAAAAAACCCGCUGAAGUUGCUACACCAAGAACUAGACAAAAAGUUAAUGAAUCCACACCAUCGGGUACAAUUAUUAAUGCUUUCAAUUCACAAAAUAAUGCCAAAAAUGUUGAACGUGGCUUUAAGACACCAACCAAACAAAUUAUCAAAGGAUCUACACCCCUCAAGCAGGGAGAAAUUAAAUCCAUGGUCAAGAAGGAACUUACUUUUGAGGAAGUUAAAACCAAGGUGUCACGUAGUGCCAAACUGCAAGAGCUUAAGGCCUCUUUGGCACGUAUACAGGAAUUGGAAAAGACCCGCAAAGAGCAGGAGGAACGUAAUCGUAAACUCAAGGAGAAUAUGCAAUCACCUUCGAAGAAGACACCAGUUUUACAAUUGAAAGAAUUCGAUAAAAUUGAAUUGGAAGUUUUGACAAGUCCCUCAAAAACCUUUAAAACACCCACAAAACUUCCUCCCCCAACACCCGACAAAAAUGAACUUAUGUCACCACGUCACACCGAUGUUUCCAAACGUGUCCUCUUCAGUCCGGCCAAACAUGGUUCACCCUCCAAGAUGAUUGUGCCACCGGCAUAUCAACGUUUUAUGUCAUUGGCUGAAACAAGCAAAGCUGGCCAAUUACCCUUGCCCUACAAAUAUCGUCAUCUUAUUGAAGUAUUCAAGGGUUUGGAUUCCGUUUGUGCUAUGUUCCAUAAUCGUCGUGAAUGUAUCACUUUCAAAAAAUUAAAACCCGCCGUACAGAGAAUGUUACGCAAAAACUUCUAUGAACGUCAUUUGGCUCAGAUUAAACACAUCUAUCCGGAUGCCUUUAUUUUCUCACAAAUGAAAAUGCGUAACUAUGGGUCAGCCUCAAAGGCCGACUACUUCCAAUUGGUUAUUGCACCAAAUGUAGAAAAUCUACCGGAAAAAAUGAAAAUGAAUAAAAUCGAUGAAGACGAUGUGCUAAGCUCGGCCCAAAGUAAUUCCAUGAAUCCUCAUGUUAUGACCGAAAGAUUACAGAAAUUCCAACAUUUGCUAUUGGAAAAGGUAAAGGAGGAACAUGAGAAAUUCCUUCUCUCACUGGAUCCACCACUAUCAAUUCCCCGUGAAAAGGUAACACGUUGGCAUCCAGACUUUGAUUUGGAAAAUUGUCCCGAAAUUCCAUUGGGCAAUUUGCCACAACCACCCAAUGUAGAGAAAUAUUCCUCGGCCAAGGAUAUUCUAUCGACCGCCAGGAAUCUCUUUAAUUGUGCUACCCCUAUGGAAAGGGCAUUGGAGCGUUAUGAGGCGAAAAUUGAGGCCGAUAAAGUGCAGGCAGAGAAUAAGAAAAAUAUUGACAACACAAAAGCAGAAACAUCCAAAGAACCAGGCAACAAUAAGGAUAUAACCAAUGACAAGGCGAAGGAAGCAGCAGCUACAAAGACAACAACCGAUCCAACAGCAGCACCAACAACCCCAGCGGCGGCCCCGGCAGCAGAUGCAACAGCUUCACUACUAAAGGGUGUACCCAAAUCUCUAUUGGAAAAAAUUCGUGCAAAACAAGCUGCCAAGGCCUUAGAUGCCAUGACACGUCGUCCCUCACAGGAUCAAGAGGCUGCCAACUAUUCACGUCUACCCGAAUUGGCUCGCCAUUUACGCAAUGUUUUCAUUACCGAACGCAAAGGUGUUCUCACGCAAGAAAUUGUCAUUAAGAAAAUCCAAAAUAGUUUCCGUACAAGUCUGACCGCCCAAGAAAUUGAAAAACAUUUGAAAUUGAUUGCCAAAGAAGUACCCGCCUGGGUUGCAUUCCAUGAAGUGCGCAAAACUAUGUACUUGAAAAUCAACAAGGAAAUGGAUUUAACAAAAGUCAUAGAACGCCUGGAAGCUGUGGCCAAUGAGAAAAGUAAAAUGUAAAUGGCGAUGGAUCAUAAUGCAGAGCAAUUAUGC